UGGUUGCAUGACAGAAAAUAGUGUAGUAGAAUUUGACAAACUAUAGGGCCCACCAAAGAUGUGAUUGGCAUAAUAGGUCGGGCCCACUCUUCUCUUCCUUGAAAAACGGAGGAUCUCAUACAGUUUUGGCCAGCCAGCCAGACAGACAGACAACAGACAGACAGAAUCACAAAUCAUCAUCCUCCUUCUUCUUCUCCUCCUCCUGCUCUUCUCUUCUCCUCCUGUUCAUCACCAUCACCAUCACCAACUAUGGCGGAGAAGGGUAUACCAUUGCCAAAGUUUGGUGAAUGGGAUGUGAAUGACCCAGCAUCAGCUGAGGGAUAUACAGUUAUAUUCAACAAAGCUAGGAAUGAGAAGAAGACAGGUGCUAAGAUUGAUUCACCACCAAAGGAUAAUCAUAAAAACAAAUACAAGAAUGAAGUUGUUCUUGGCAAACCCCCUCAACAUUCUAAAAAAUGGUUUUGCUGCGUCGCAUCUGCAGAACCAUGAGAAGGCUUUUGAACUCAACAUAAUAAUUUCAGGAAGUCUGGAGCUUCAUUAAAGCUAUGAUGGGUACCGCUGGAAUCUUUGAGCUUGGAGGAAAUAAUAAUUAGGAAACAUAUAUUACAUUAUAUUUAUGAUAUCUGGUGAAUUAUCACUGGAAUUUUUUGGCUCGACAUUUGUUCGAUUCAAACUGGCAGUUUUUCAAUUCAAGUUUUUUAUCGAGUCAUACUUCUC